AUGCGGGUCGACGUGGUGCUCCUACGCGACAUCCUCUUCCGACAGAGCGCACAGAGCCAAAGCGAACACUCGAACAAACUCAACGUGGACGCACGUGCCGAGGCGGCUCGGCUGUACGACUCGAUGUACACAACCGAAGGCCUCGCCGGCUUGCAGUACUGGUUCUCUCUCCGUGCGACAAAAAAGCUGGUGGGCGCAUCAUCGGUGCUGACCUUUGGAGAGGACGAGUUUGUGCUGUUUGGUCGCGAGGUGACUCAGCUGACCGAUCAUCAGCUUCUCGACUGGCUCGACUACCUGGACGUGGAAGAUCAGGGCGAGCUGUACUUUGAGCAGGUCUUCAUCUUUAUCGCCAUUGCGCUCUCUGCCUACGGCAAGGUUCUGACAAAGUUCUGGUUCCGCCACUCGAGCGCUAUCUGGCGCAUGCUCCGCCUCGACUCGGUCCAGAUCACCACCGCAGACCUCGCCACACGCCUCGCCUACUUUCUCAAUAUCAGAGAAAAGGUCAUCCUCGUCGAGAUGCGCCAGACCAUGUACAACCCGGACGCUGUCACCUACGACGACUUUGACGCCUUUUACUUUUCCAUCUUUUCCCAGUACGACGCUGACUUUCCGGCCUACGAGGCCAUCCUCGCCCGUCCCGAGCCGCGCCAGAACGCCACCGAUCCCAAGGAAGCCCCCGAUCCGGAGCCUAACUCAAGCCAGUGCUGCUGCAUCAUCAGCUGAUGGCUUGUUUUCAGCUGUUCUCCACCACACCGCAGCCCGCAGGUGGCGUUGGCGCUGAUGCCAAGCCCUGUCGCGCGCGGAUUGCUCCAUAUCCACCCCACCCCACCCCCCUCCCCCUCACACACACACACUCUCAUACGCACACACACAAACGCACACCCAUUCACAAACACCACUUUACGACGCGCCGACUACUUGUCAAGGAUGGCCCCCUCCUCGUACAUGGCCUCGAUCUCGUCGGCAAAGAACUCAGCAGCGACCGAGCGCUUGAGCUUCUGCGUCGGUGUCGUCAGCUCGUCGUCGCCAAACUCACGCGGGUGGAGGUAGACGUUGAUGGGGAUCUCAAAGCCACGGAGCUUCGGGUGGCCGUCCUGGCCUGCGGCGCGGC